GGGAGACCAAAUGCACUCCAGUUAGUCGCGUAUAUAAGGACCAUCUCCGUAUGAAAUGCGACACAAACUCUCAACAUGUUGCGACAUUUGACACUACUCGCUGUUAUCUAUCUUUGCGGAAGCAUUAUCCACGCAAUACCAGUUGACGUGGAAUCAACGCAAAAUUCUAAUGUAAACAUUCAAAAAUCUACCGAUGAUUUAGAUACUGCAGCUUCUUCCUGGAGUGGUUACGGAAUUAAAGGUUGGUUCGGACCUUCAUAUUACGGUGGUAACUGGGAUGGACGAGGUCAUCACGGGCAUGGAUGGGGCAAUCGUGGCCAUCACUAUGGAAGUGGUUGGAAUGGAUGGGGUUCAGGAUGGGGCUCAGGAUGGGGUAAUCAAGGAUAUGGCAAUGGUUGGGGAAAUAACUACGGAUACGGAUCCGGAUGGCAUGGAAAUCGUGGUAGCUAUUGGUGGUAAAAUAAAAAAUUUCACCGAAACUUUCAGCUUCAAGAAUAUUUGUAUAACACUAAUUUGCUUUUUGUAUACGUACAAAUCAACUAAGUUCUUUUUUUUAUAAAUCAUUGAAAACAUAUUUGUAAUGUUAACAUGAUUUGCUUGAAUUAACG